AUGAAAAUCAAAGUAAUUUCUCGUAAUCCAAACACCUAUCAAAGGGAGACAGUCGAUAAAAGGAAUAAAAUUGUCCGCAACUUCAACACACCGGCAGAUCCGUUCCGUGCACAAACCGAGUACACUCGCGCGUUGAAUGCCACAAAGCUCGAGCGAGUUUUCGCGAAACCGUUCGUCGCCAGUCUCGAUGGACAUGUUGAUGGUGUUCAAGUGCUCGCAAAACAUCCAAACCGCCCAUCUACGGUAUUCUCUGGCGCCCGCGAUGGCCAGGUAAAAAUCUGGAAUCUGGCGUCCCGUGAAUGUCAAGCCACCCUAGACGCCCAUCGUGGCCUCGUCAACGACAUCUCAGUGGAUAAUAAUAACGGAGAGAACUUCGUCACCGUCGGGCAGGAUGCACAGUUAAAGUACUGGAAAAUCAGCUCAGUGGUCGAGUCCCAACAGAAAACCCCCGCUCAUUCGAUUGCAAUCGAUGGAAUCGUCUAUGGAGUCUCCCAUUUAUCAUUUUCAUCCGAUUUCGUCACUUGUGGAGAGGAUAUCAGUGUUUGGAAGCCGUUCCGAGAGACACCACUGCGAAGUUAUAACCUUGGAACCGACACGAUUCAUGCGUGCCGAGCAAAUCCGAUUGAGGAGAAUGUGAUCGUUGGCUGUAGAUCGGAUCGAUCGAUUUUUGUGUUGGAUACGAGACAGGAUGUGCCUUUAAAGAAGGUUACUAUGAAAAUGAGGCCGAAUAAAGUGUCGUGGAACCCAAUGGAAGCCUAUUCGUUCACGGUGGCUAGUGAGGAUUUUAGCCCAAAAUCCUUCAAAAACUGCUCAGGAACUGCUCAGAAAUGGUUUCUGGUCAAUUUUCAACUUUUUGGUUCUAAUUUUGAAGCGAUUUCACCCAAACCCCCUCAAAAACUGCUCUGGAACUCUUUAGAAAUGCUCCAAAAAACUGCAAAUCUCUACACAUUCGACAUGCGUUAUAUGGAGCAUCCAGUACAGUCCCAUCAAGGAUUUACAUCGGCCGUUUUGGAUGUGGACUACUCGCCGACGGGACAGGAAUUCGUUGCUGCUGGCUAUGAUAGAUCGAUUCGAUUGUUCAAGGCGAGAGAUAUGACGAGCAGAGACGUCUACUACACGAAACGAAUGGCCUCCGUCCUAUCCGUCCUCUGGUCGGCAGAUUCGAAAUUCGUGUUAUCCGGAUCCAACGAAAUGAAUAUUCGCGUGUGGAAAGCGAACGCCGCAGAGAAGCUGGGACCAUUGACAAAGCGAGAGAAACAAGCGUUUGCGUACAAUGAAAAGCUCCGUGAGACGUACAAAAACCAUCCGGACGUCAGACGAAUCGCCAAGCAUCGUAAUGUGCCAAGACAUAUUUUCACAGCCGCCAAAGAGCACAAACUCAUCCGUGACGCCCGAGCUCGUCGUGAUCUUCGCCGUGCCAAGGCUCAAGGACUCGACGAGGAGGAAUCGUAUCUGCCACAAACACAAAAAGUCAUGUUGGGCGAUGCGGAAAUGUGA